AUGAGCCAGCAGACCUCUGCCUACGCCGAGCAGGUAAAGGCCGCGGGACAAUAUCAUACUCUGGACACCCUAGACAUAUGGGCCGCGGGAGGUGUGAUGAAAGCUCGAGUUGGAUUCGGAGACGCAGUAGGAGCCAGGACGGCAAACGAGCUCGGCACGGCGUUCGGGAAGUACGGAGACUACUCAGUGCCACGGGAGUGCGAGCUCGUGCCGUUCUGCCGCCAGGACAGAAUGUACCAGAAGGACUCCCGCUGCGCUCCUCCUGAUCCGACGACGGGCGACGGCGACGGCGGCGGCGGCGACGGAGGCGACCACGAAGGCCGACCCCUGGCCGACCCCCCUGGCUGA